AUGAAGUUGUGUUUACGGCUAUUGUGCAUCCACCAAAAGAAAUUUUUGGCUAAGAAAAGGGAAGCGAAAAAGGUUAAAGCGAAGAAACUCGAUCCUCUAUCCGGCACCGAUUUACAUUCCUCUCGAUCUUCAGAUCUAUACACUUUUAAGAUUGCCUGUGAAGUCUUUAUUGAGAUUCCGCACUUGAACAUUACAUCUUCCUCAGCUCCUCCACGUCUUCUCAUUGCUUUUCAGGACUUUCACGGUAAAAAGCUUAUGUUAGUCUCGUCGCCUAACCCAUACGUAUCUUCCUCUUCCUCUUCCUCUUCUUCAUGUUGUGUACCUUAUAAAGAUCUGAACGUCUUUAAAAUUAAUGGGAAACUAGUGUAUAAUGCGGUUCGGGGCUUGAUCUGCAUAAGUAGACUAAGUAUGGGGAUUUGUAACCCUAGCACAAGGCAGCUUCAGUUUUUUCCCCAACUCAAGUACAAAGAAGAUCCAAAACUUUUUACAUGCCCCAAUUAUUUUGUUGGGUACGAUUCUAUUGAAGAUCAAUACAAAGUGCUCGCAAUUGAUCGUUUUCAUUUGAGAAUGGAGCACAAGAUUCUGUUAUUGGGAAGAGAAGAAGCUUGGAGAGAGGCUCCAUGUGUUGCAUGUCCUCAUGUUUCUCAUACCUCGGGGCUCUAUAUGAACGGUACCCUGUACUACGGGGCGUCUAGGACGGAUAUCGAUCCCUGGAAUAACAAUUCUGUAAUUGUGAGUUUCGAUGUUAGGCUUGAAACGUUCAAAAUCAUCAAUGUACCAAGCAAAGUUCUACCAAUGGGUUAUGAAAAUAUGUGGCUUGCUGAGAGGUGGAGGAAUCUUACAGAUAAAACUCUGAUCAACUACAAAGGAAAAAUCGGUGUGGUUGAGAAUGCUCGUCAAGGUAGUUUUCGAAUGUGGGUUGUGGAAGAUGCUGAGAAAGAGGAAUGGUCUAUGAACACUUUUUAUUUGCCCCAAUCUGCUGCUGGCCUUGACUUCAACAUCAUGGAUACCUUUUAUACCGGCGAGAUUUGUCAGGUUCCGAAAGAAUUGUCAGAUCCUUUUUCGUCUAUUAUGGUCUUAUGAGAAUAUGCACAAUACUAAUAUGUAGAUGUGUACGAAUAAAACUUCGAUCAACUAGGGAGAAAAAUUUGGUGGGGUUGAGAAUCCUCAUAAGGUUUUCGAAGGUGGGUUGUGGAAGAUGCUGAGAAAGAGGGAUGGUCCAUCAACACUUUUCAUUUGCCUAAAUCUGCUUUUUUCCUUGACUUCGACGUCACGUACGGAUACCUUUGAUGCUGCAACAGCCUCAAUGGUUUUUUUU